AUGAGCUACAAUAGCCAGAAACACUCCACGCCGACUGCCUCGUUUGCUGUCAUGGAAAACGCCAAGUAUCCAGCCACACCUACGAAGCCUCGCGGCAACAGUAUCAGUAGAAGUUGUGCCGAGAGUCCUGUCAACACUCCGCAAAACAAUGCAUAUUCUACGCACUAUAUCGCGAGCAGUGGUGAAGGUGUAAAAGAACAACUACCAUCACUUGUCCACAACUCCACGAACAAAAACAGAGCGUACAACAAAAUACUCCGGCCCAACAAGAAACUGUACCAUAAGAACAAAGGUCUGCACAGGGAAAACGCAGCCUUGAAAGACAUGGUUGAUCAGCUGACCGCCGCUGAUGGCGAUCUCAACUUGAAGAGCCAUAGCGGCGAGAAACCGAAAUCUGUGAAGAAUGGUCUCACAACAUACAAUGAAGAUCAUAAGUCUAAUGUCGAUAAUCUUGCCAUGGGAUAUGUCGGAUCUACGAUGAGCAUCGAACACUAUGAAAGAGGAGGGUUUGAGGAUCUGAGAAACCAAGUCAGCAGUCUUCAAGCACAAACACAAGACCUGAAAGGGAAACUCGCGAAUUCACACUUACGAUGCCAGUUGUUGGAGGCGAAGCUUUACGCCCCAGACGCCCAGCUCCAGAAAUCACUUCAAGCUCUGGAAAUGUCCCAAGGUGAAGCGCAGACCCUACGGAACCAAGUGAAGGCACUGCAGAAAGAGAUGCUCGCCCAAAUAUCCAAAGUUGAAGUCAUUUCUGACGAGACAUUCUCUCGUGAUUUCCACACUCUUGCCUCCCUGGUGAAAUCGCUUAGCCGCUCAGUUCAGCCAGCACACGACUCGGACCUGAUGAGUAUCCUUGGGACUAGUAUACUCCUGACUGGUGUCGUAAAGCAGCAUUGGGAUACACGGGCGCGCAAAAAGGUCUAUGUUGAGGCAUGGGUAUGGUCUGUCCUGAUCUCCCUGGUUUUCGACAACCCUUUCGGUUUUUACAAAAGGGACAGCAGCCUCAACAAGAACUGGAAAUUCAUCUUCGGCAACAGCCAUGAAAAGGAAUGGCCCAUCCCAACUCGAGAAUCUGAGAACUGGAGGCUCGUCACAGUGGAGAAGUUGUUGGGGCAGAUAGGUCGUGCAACCGUAACUUCAGGACAAGUACGGAGGUGCCUCACAAAAGUUUUGUCCUGCCAAGAAUAA